ACCGGACACGUAAUAUUAACCGAGCCGUUCCCGUCUCUCCUCCCGCGAGCUGAACCCGACCAGGGCCACCUAUCGGCGCCUCCUCUUCUCGCUCCGAUCCGGAUCUCCCCAUUCUCUCCGGCGAGCCCUCGCCGCGUCGCGUCGCCUCCACGCGACCCUACUCUCAUAUAUUUAACCUCCCCGCCGUUGCUCCUGCCGAAACCCGGAUACUAUUUAACUGCUUCCUCCCUUGCCCGCGCCGCCUCCCAAGCCCAACAAACCCUAGGCGCCGCCCAUGGACUUGGAGGCCGACGGCCGCUUCGGCAACAAGCGCGUGCACAACCGCUUGGGCCCGGCCCCCGGUGCCGCCUCUUCGUCUUCUUCUGGGAAGGUCUGCGUCCAUUGGCGCGCUGGUCGAUGCAAUCGCUUCCCCUGCCCCUUCCUCCAUAGCGAGCUUCCCGAGGCCACCUCCAAGCGCCCAAGCCAAAGGGAUGGACCCGGCGGGCACGUCUGGCGCAACCCCAACUCUGGAGGAGGAGGGGGGCGCGGCGGCGGCGGCUUCAAUAAAUGGGGGAGGGGUCCCGGAGGUGCAGACGGCGGCGUGAGGCACAAGGUGCCCGACCGACCAUGCAAGUACUUCCUCGCCGGAGACUGCACCUACGGUGAGAAGUGCCGGUUCCCCCACACAUACUGCAUGAGCAAUAGCAUCACGCUGCUCACCCCGCUCCAAGGCCACGAGAAGGUUGUGACGGGGAUCGCACUGCCUACCGGGUCGGACAAGCUGUAUUCUGGGAGUAAGGAUGGAACAGUGCGCCUUUGGGAUUGCCAAACUGGGCAGUGUGCGAGUGUCAUCAAUAUUGGGGCUGAGAUUGGAUGCAUGAUCAUUGAGGGACCAUGGUUGUUUGUUGGACUACCUGAUGCUGUGAAGGUUUGGAAUAUGCAAACACAAGCAGAAAUGAACCUUACUGGGCCAACUGGACAAGUGUAUGCGCUCGCUGUUGGCAAUGAGCUACUCUUUGCCGCAACACAGGAUGGGAGGAUAUUGGCAUGGAGAUUUAGCGCUGCAACGAACUGUUUCGAGCCAGCUGCUUCUCUUGUUGGGCACCAGCUUGCUGUUGUUUCGUUAGUAGUAGGAGCCAUGAGACUUUACUCUGGUUCAAUGGAUAAAACCAUUAGAGUGUGGGAUUUGGCUACGUUGCAGUGCAUACAGACGCUUUCUGAUCAUACGAGUGUAGUUAUGUCUGUACUGUGCUGGGAUCAAUUUCUAUUAUCUUGUUCGUUGGAUCAAACGAUAAAAGUCUGGGCAGCUACAGAAAGUGGAAACUUAGAAGUAACCUAUACACACAAAGAGGAGAAUGGAGCACUUGCGCUUACUGGCAUGCCUGAUGCACAAUCAAAACCUGUGCUAGUAUGUUCAUUAAAUGACAACACUGUCCGCCUCUAUGACUUGCCAUCGUUCGGUGAUAGGGGCAGAAUAUUCUCCAAACAGGAAAUUAGAGCAAUACAAACUGGUCCCGGUGGCUUAUUUUUUACUGGGGAUGGAGCUGGUGAGCUGAAGGUUUGGCAAUGGGUCAUUGAUGCCUCCCAAACCUGAUGAAUAUAGUGUAUUCUAGAUUAGUUUCCCGAUGUAUGUUAUGAGGGAUUUCUCAAAGAUACACAUAAUGUAUUGAGGUGUGGUUGGGCUACCAGUCCAUUUUUCCUACAUUUAUCCUCUAAGGAUGUGAGACAGCUGGAUCGGCUUGCAGUUAGAAUAUAUAUAUGCAGAGGAGACGUAUCAGUUUGUCCUGGAAUGAGUUUUGAGAUGAGGGGAAUAUUGCCUGUAAUUUGUAAAUCAUCGGAACCGACAAUUGUCAGACAACUUGGUUUCGAUGUGCUGAUAGCUUCAAGGAUGUAAUAGAUUUUGUUCGCCUUAAUUUGUGAUGGGGAAACUCGAGAUUUGCUCACAUCACAGUAAUUACUUUUCGUGGCC